AUGACACUUCACGACUAUGGAGAUACAUCUUACUACACGUACUAUUGGAGAGUACCAAGAUUCUCUAGCAUUCCUUUAAAGACCGAAGUGAGGUCUGCAUGGUUUCGACUCGACAAGUAUUCCAUGAUGAUCCAAUUUUACAAGGGCACAGAAGAUGAGCCAAAUGCUCUUCAAGUAGACUUGGUUAUUCCAAGAGUACAUGAAAGACUCAGUGACGAAGAAAUGAUAGAGCCUCUAAACGCAUUUAAUCCAUCUAUUGUUGAAAUAUCAGACGAAACAAAGUAUGAAUGCAAAAGGUUUAUUUCGCUUGAUCAAUUAUCGACUAUUAUAACAAUGGAUGAGAUCCGAUUUUCUGUGUGCCCCGAAAACAAGUCAUCUAGUGGAUAUAACAUGAGUCCGUUGAAAAGCCUCUCUCCUAUAAAUAUAAAGAGCUUCAGAGAAUCGGAAAUAUUUCACGAUGUUCUUAUUCGUGUAAUAAACGACAAUUCUGUACAAGAUGUCUCAGUAGAGCUGUAUGUAAACCAUGAUGACCAGACGGCUUCCGAAACCUCGAGUAUUACGGGUACACCCUUGGAACAACCAGAAGAAGAAAGUUUUUUUGUCCACAGACUUGUCUUGAGUGCAGCCUCUGAUCUUAUUUUCGAAAAACUCAUGGAAGAAAAGCAUGAGGGAUUCAAGAGAGAGAUUGUCAUUCGCGGAGUAGACCCAAGAAUCUUUGAACGAAUUCUUGACUUUGUUUAUGGUUUAUCCCCAGGGCCUAACAGCGUACAGGAGGCUAUUGAUUUGAUUCCAGUUACAUAUCAACUCAAGCUUGAUGGAAUCCGCCAAUACUUGUUCCAGUACUUACAGCUAAAUAUAAGCAACCAGAACAUGUGGGGCGUCUGGAACUGUGCUGAAAAGUUCAUGUGCCCAGAUACUCAAGAUAUUUGCGAAAGAAAGAUGAAGACUAAACCCUUGGACACGCUACAGAGUGUAUAUUGGUUCUCUUCUGAUCCAAAGGUUGUUCUCAACGCUCUCAAAGUUGAUUACCUUCAGAAACCCGUUGAUGAAGUUGUGUUUUACGAAGCAGCUCUUAUCUGGAGAGAUGCGCAGAUUAAAAAGGCCAAGAAAUGGCUGUACUUGGACAACAAAAAGGUUGCCCUUUCCGAUGUAUUUGCUCAAAUCAUUGCCUGUAUAAGAUUCCCUCAAAUGGACGCUUCUUUCUUAUCUGAAGUAGUAGAAAAAAACGAGGCUGUAAUGAACACUACGGGAGUUCAGGAACUUAUUUUUGAAGCGUACCGUUUCCAGGCUUGUGGAAAGAAGAAAAUUACAUCUGUGAGAUGUUAUCCUCGAAAGAGAUUUUAG